CACUACUUGAAAGCGAUUUGUACACGUUAUUGCCUUUGUCUGCUGAUAAUCAAUCAAUAAGACAACUCUGACCUCUGAGAAGGAGGGUGUUCAGGUCUUUUAGAGGGAACCAAGGAUUUCAGUGUUGACUGCUGUUUCAAGAACAUUAGAUCUUCUGAAAAUAAGAAGCAGUGGAAAAACCAGAGUGAUCAGACUGCAUUCAUAUCUGAAAUGGAGUUGAUGACUGGCACCAACGAGUCGAUAAAUGACACUACCAUUUUCAUGCAUUGCCAACCCACCCAAGACCUUGGAACUUUGUUCCUGCUUUUUUUCAUGAUCAUUGAAGUGAUUGUGGGCCUGCCAGGAACCGUAGUAGCCUUGUGGAUUUUCUGUUUCCGCAUGAAAUUUUGGAAACCCCACACUCUCUUUCUCUUUAACCUGGUUCUAGCUGACUUCCUGCUCCUCAUCAGCGUACCCUUCCGCAUCGACACCCACCUCCGAGGGGACUGCUGGGUGUUUGGACACGUCUGGUGCCGCAUCAACCUCUUCAUGCUGGCUGUCAAUCGCUCUGCCAGUAUUGCGUUCAUGACAGCUGUGGCACUGGAACGCUACUUUAAAGUGCUCCAUCCGCAUCACUGCAUCAGCCGUAUGACUUUAACUCAGGCGGGUUGGCUCGCAGUCCUGAUGUGGAUUGCUGUGAUCGCCCUUCGGAUUCCGCUGGUGACCUACAACCUCCUCAACCAGAGUGGCACCGUCUCCCAGUGUCGCAGCUUCAACUCCUACAUUGUAAUCCCUUUGGCGAUAAAGGUACACUACGUGGCCUUCACUGCAGAAUUCUUCCUGCCCUGGUUCUUGUUGCUGUUCUGCUCAGCCCGGAUUGCAUGCUUCCUGCACAAACGGCAGAUGGGCAGGCAGAAGAGGGUACGGAGGGCCAUCCGAGCAGUAGGGGUGAUCAGUUUGGUGUUCACCAUCUGCUUCAUGCCAAGUAUUGUCACAGGCUUAGGCGGGAUGUACAUCAAGUAUUUCUACCCCAAGGACGACACGUCCUACAAUCUCAUCACCCAGCUCUUUAUGAUGUGCAUCGGCUUCACCUACCUCAACAGUGCUUUGGACCCUGUCAUCUACUCUUUCUCUAGCUCCAUGUUUCUUGAUGCCCUCAAAAGCUCUUUCAGCUUUAAGAAAAAGAAUGUCAGACCGGCCAACAACCCAGCUAGUAACUGCUGAAAGGCAGAAAUAAUAAAAUAUUACAUAUUUUUUCAAAUGGAUAGACUUCCCCAGAACAGGGUUGUAGGUUCAAUCCUCAGAUUGUUGAAGAAUCUUGAGGGAGCUGCUGAACCACUCUGAUAAGUGCAUUGAGAACAUUAACUAUAUGGCUAAUGCUUGUAAACUAAAACACUGGAGAGGGUUAAAAGUACGGAAAAGACUAGUUUGUUUUCUCUUAGCUGAUGUUCGUUUCCUAUUCUAUAUUUGACAUGACUAGUGAUUAGUUUGGAGUAACUAAGUGUUUUUUAUUUUACGAGGGAAUUAAGUAUUAACCUCUCAUGAAUGCUUUCGCACUGCUUAUUUAAACCACAGUAUGUGUAUUUAUAUUUUAGUCUGUGUAAUGCCCCUAGAUGAUGACAGCAAUGCUACAGGGGAGUGCCCUGACUGGUGCAAAGUACAGGGAGCUUUGUUGUAACAUCCAUAACAUCAGAAUAAAUACAGUGACCAGUGGAGUUCCUGCAAAUGUUCAAUAUUCAUGGAUGUGAAUGUCAAUAAAAGCAGUAAAAUGUAA